GACAGCGCCCCCCAGCGGCUCCGGCGGCCCAGGGCGGCGACGAGGGAAGAUGAUUCAGGCCAUCCUGGUCUUCAACAACCAUGGGAAGCCGCGGCUCGUCCGCUUCUACCAGCGCUUCCCAGAGGAGAUCCAGCAGCAGAUCGUCCGGGAGACUUUCCACCUGGUCCUCAAGCGAGAUGACAACAUCUGCAACUUCCUGGAGGGCGGAAGUUUGAUUGGCGGCUCUGACUACAAGCUGAUCUACCGUCACUAUGCCACGCUAUACUUCGUGUUCUGUGUGGAUUCCUCGGAGAGUGAGCUGGGCAUCUUGGACCUGAUUCAGGUCUUCGUGGAGACCUUGGACAAGUGCUUUGAAAACGUCUGCGAAUUGGACUUGAUCUUUCACAUGGAUAAGGUUCAUUACAUCCUGCAAGAGGUGGUCAUGGGAGGCAUGGUGCUGGAGACCAACAUGAAUGAGAUUGUGGCGCAGAUCGAAGCUCAGAACAAGCUGGAGAAGUCAGAGGGAGGCCUUUCGGCAGCCCCAGCCCGGGCCGUCUCUGCCGUGAAGAACAUCAACCUGCCCGACAUCCCACGGAACAUCAACAUCGGCGAUAUCAACAUCAAAGUGCCCAACCUUUCCCAAUUCGUCUGAGGGUCGAGGAAGCGGCACAGGGGCCGGGACGCCCGAGAUCCCACCAACCGGCCGAGCCCUGGCCCCUCCAGAGCCCCAGGGGUGGUGAGCCGAGGCCCGGGUCAUCGGGGCCGGGGGUGGACUCGGUGCCAUCGUCUCCCUGCUGGGUGCUCAGCUCCCUGGACUGGUCCUGACAGCUCUGCUCUUUAGUGUAGCUCUGGUUGCGUCCCCAGAUCCCCCAGCCUUUCACUCCUCUGGGCAGACUCGUUGGCUGGGAGGCACUAUUAGAGGUAUUGUUGAAUUGGGAGACAGAGCAGAUCCUUUCUCGAGGGCCAAAGAGUGGGCCUCUGAUCCAGGCUCAUCCCGGCUGAACGACGCUCACCUGGGGAGAGGCUGGAGGCUGGGGCAGGCUCAGGGAUCACAGCUUCCAGCUGCCCAGGCCCACCGCCCCGUAUACCUAGCAGAAGGGAUCCCCCUCUCCCAAUCCUCCUCCUAUCGGGAGUCACCAGAGGGGCCAUGCUAAUGAGCAGCACCCCACUCUAAGUAAGUAUCCCCUUCCUCUCAUAGCCCAACUAGUAUCCCAGUCAGCCUCUGAUGGGCUCCUGGUUUGGGCUCCCCAGAGGCCAAAGGAGAUGCUCUGCCUGGAGCUUCGACCGUCUCCUGCUUCUUGCUCUGAUGAAGUGCUCCGUGGGGCUGCCAGAAAGAGCAUCUCUUCUCCCCGGCAAACUGUUGGCUUCCUAGCUGCCGGUGGCCCUCCCCAUUGGCCCCUCCUGGUUCCUCCGUCAUGAGGCUCCGUCCCUUCCCCACCUUCAAAAACGGCUCUGGAGUACCCAAGCCUGGGAAAAGAGAGAGAGCCAGGGUGCUUCUGACCAGCAGGGUCAGAGAGAUGGGGCUUGGGGAAGAGGUGGGCCAAGCCUAAGCCCCUGCUUCAUGGGUUCCAGUGUGAAACAUCCUCCUCUCUGGUCCCCACCCGCCACGGGCUUCCCGUGUGUGCAUGCCCCAUUUCUCCUAGCUCCUGGAAGCCAGGAAUGGUUCCUGUCCGAUCCGUCCUCUCUAGGCUCAGUCACCUGCCGAAUCAGGCCACGUCGCUGUUCUACCAAUUCCUGUUUAAAUGUCUCCCAGGACCCGGACUGAGGCAAUGCGCAGCCACUGGCAGUCAGUGUGGGUUCUGUAGAUGCUCUCCGGUGGUUUCAAUAAAAGUUCCCCACUCUGACCAGGAA